AUGGUAACGACAUCGGUGACGCGUUCGGAUGCACCAGGUAUGAAAGAAGUCAAGCUUAACAUGUGGUCUCUACUGUGCACCAUAAUCUACUUUAUGCUGAGCACUCCCAUGUGCACUCCGAUUUCCGCUUCCAGUAAGAUUGUUCAACUGUUGGCUAUACUUCGAGCCAAAAACGCAGAGUCGGUGUCGCCUCUUACCUGGUUUAUAUCUGCCUUCACAAACCUGACGAGGGUGUUUACGAUAUGGAUGGAUUCGGCCGAUAUACUUUUGCUGGGGAACUUCAUCAUUUCGGUGCUACUUAGUUCUAGUAUCAUGUUUUCCGCGCUUUAUUAUAGAAUGCGUCCGGUCAAGCAGGAUUAA